AUGACGACCGGCACCAUGAAGGACAUCGACGUGGCGGGGCAGCUGUACUGCCACGAGUACUGCGACAGCAAGAUUAAGGGCAAGACGCUGCACAAGAUCAGCAAGCAGAGCCUCAGCUGCUUCGACCAGACGCUGCCCGUGUCGCCCAGCCGCAAGGCUGGCGCGCACGAGCCCAUGAAGAUCGCACCGGAGAACCUGCCCUACUACAGCUCGACUGGGGAGUACAAGUUCCGGGGGGAGAAGCCGGACCCGCACAGUUUCACCCGCAAGGGCGACGGCGAGAUGGUCAAGAGCGGGCUGUUCAAAAAGGAGCCCAGAAAGCCGUCACCCCCAAAGGCGGGAGCUUUCAAGAAGCGGGACAACCCGCCCAACACGCUCUUCCGCAAGUUUUACGAGCGGGGCGACCUGCCCAUCUCGGUGGACCACCGGGGCUCGAAGAACACCAUCAACUGGAAGGUUGACGUCAGCAAGCUGGACUACCACCACUACCUGCCCAUCUUCUUCGACGGCAUCCGGGAAAAGGAGGAGCCGUACCGGUUCCUAGCGAUCAAGGGCGUCGAGGACAUGCUCAAGGUUGGGAACGGCAAGAUACUGCCAGUGAUCCCUCAGCUGAUCAUCCCAAUCAAGACCGCCCUGAACACGAGGGACUCCUACGUCAUCAACAUCACGCUCCAGCUGCUGUGCAAGCUGGUGGAGAGCGAAGAGAUGGUGGGCGAGGCGCUGGUGCCGUACUACCGGCAGAUCCUGCCCGUGCUGAACCUGUUCAAGAACCACACCGAGAAUCUGGGCGACGGCAUCGACUAUGCGCAGCAGAAGCAGCAGUGCAUGGGCGAGUGCGUCAUGCGGACGCUGGAGCUGUUCGAGCAGAAGGGCGGCGAGGACGCGUUCAUUAACAUUAAAUAUAUGAUCCCUACCUACGAGAGCUGCAUGACGAACUGA